AUGGGCCCCAGCUCUGCUCCACAGUUGUCCCCAGCCUCCCCAGGCGGUGCCCACCCAGGGCACAGGGACGCUGGUGUGGGACGCACUCUCCCCUGGUUGUGGCUCUGGCUGCAGGCACCACCAGCCACCCCCUCCCUGGCCGAUGUCCUCCACAUCUAUGCUGAUGUGCAAGGCAGCUUCUCCAGGGGCCCCACUCCAGGGAGCCCUAACCAAGCAGACAUCUUGAUGGUCUACGCAGCCACUGAAGGUAAGGGGAUGGCCUUUCGGGAUGAGAAGGGCUCAGACUUUGUCCAGAUGCUGGUGGAGGUCCUCAGAGCUGACCCCAGGGGAGACCUCCUGGAGCUGAUGACUGAGGUCAAUUGGCAGGUGUGCAAGCUAGACGUGCUGGGUCCCGACUGUGAUGAGCGCUGCAAGGCCUGUCUGGAGAUCCGCAGCUUGUUGAGGUGCUGACUCUGCCUGCAGGCCUGA